AGGAAAGCUGUCAUCAAACUCCUCCCCAGGGGCGGGGCCAAGAAACCUCACCCAGCCACACCCCCAUCUUCUGUCAUGCUGGCUGUGUACACCAUACAAGGAGGAGGACUGCCCAGGACAAGGACAUGGCUGGUAAGAAGGCUCUGGUGGUGCUGGCUCACCAGGAACGGACCUCAUUCAGUUUCGCCAUGAAGGAGGCAGCUGUGGAAGCCUUGAAGAAGAAAGGCUGGGUCGUCACGGUGUCUGACCUCUAUGCCAUGAAGUUCAACCCUCUUGUGUCGCGGGAUGACGUCACAGGAAGUCCACAUGAUCCAGAGAACUUCAAAUACCCGGCCGAGUCCUCCCUGGCCUACAAAGAAGGCCGCCUGAGUAAAGACAUUGUAGAGGAACAGAAGAAGCUGGCCGAUGCCGAUCUGGUGAUAUUUCAGUUCCCGAUGUAUUGGUUCGGAUUUCCAGCGAUCCUGAAGGGCUGGUUUGAUCGCGUUUUGAUUGGGGGAUUCGCAUACACCUAUUCAGACAUGUUCUAUGAUGGGCCCUUCAAGAAUAAAAAAGCUAUUCUUUCCUUCACCACCGGGGGGCUGGAGUCCAUGUACUCGUCUACUGGGGUCAAUGGCGACAUGAAUGUCAUCCUCUGGCCACUCCAGAGAGGCGUCCUGCACUUCUGUGGUUUCCAGGUUCUUGAACCUCAGAUCAGCUACAGCAUCGGGCACACCCCUCCCGAGACACGUUCCGUCAUCCUGGAUGCCUGGAAGGUUCGUCUGGCCAAGAUCUGGGAGGAGAAGCCCAUCAGCUUCGUGCCCAACGAGGAAUUUGACAUGACCUUCCCCGGGGGGUUCGUGCUGAAGAAGGACGUGACGGAGAAGCACAAGGAGCGUUACGGGCCCAGCGUGGGGCAACACAUGGGCAAACCGCUGCCGCCUGACAGCCAGGUGAAGGCCGGCUGUACAAAGCUCUGAGCGCUCUCUCUAUUCAUCAUUGUUAUUAUUCCAUGGCAAAUAAACCAGAGCGCUCUACUGACUGG